CGUCACUGCGCCGCCCCUGCGGAAAGCCUCCCUCACCACUCGUGGCUGUUCGUGGCGCUUGGGACGGAGGCAUGGCGCGCGAGCUGCGGGCUGUGCUGCUGUGGGGCCGCGGGCUGCAGGCUACACUGCGGGCGCCCACGCUGGCGGGUGUCCGGCGAGGAAAGCCAGUUCUGCACCUUCAGAGGACCACAGUCCAGUUUCGGGGCCCCACACAAAGCCUGGCGUCAAGGAUCUCUGCAGGACAGCUGUAUAGCACACAGGCAGCCGAGGACAAGAAGGAGGAGGCCCUGCACUCCAUCAUCAGCAGUACCGAGGCUGUGCAGGGUUCUGUCUCCAAACAUGAGUUCCAGGCAGAGACAAAGAAACUUUUGGACAUUGUGGCUCGUUCCCUGUACUCAGAAAAAGAGGUGUUUAUUCGAGAGCUCAUCUCCAAUGCCAGCGAUGCCUUGGAGAAACUGCGGCACAAGCUGGUGUCUGAAGGCCAGGUGCUGCCAGAAUUGGAGAUUCACCUGCAGACUGAUGCCGAGAAAGGCACCAUCACCAUCCAGGACACUGGCAUUGGGAUGACACAGGAGGAGCUGGUAUCCAACCUGGGUACAAUCGCCAGAUCGGGAUCAAAGGCCUUCCUGGAAGCACUGCAGAACCAGGCAGAGACCAGCAGCAAGAUCAUUGGCCAGUUUGGAGUGGGCUUCUAUUCGGCCUUCAUGGUGGCUGACAAAGUUGAGGUCUAUUCCCGCUCAGCGACCCCAGAGAGCCCAGGUUACCAGUGGCUUUCAGAUGGUUCUGGAGUGUUUGAAAUCGCUGAAGCUUCCGGAGUUAGACCUGGGACCAAAAUAAUCAUUCACCUCAAGUCAGACUGCAGAGACUUCGCUAGCGAGUCCCGGGUGCAAGAUGUGGUGACAAAGUACAGUAACUUUGUCAGCUUCCCCUUGUACCUUAAUGGAAGGCGGAUUAACACCUUGCAGGCCAUCUGGAUGAUGGACCCAAAGGACAUCAGUGAGUUGCAGCAUGAAGAAUUCUACCGUUACAUUGCUCAGGCUUAUGACAAACCCCGCUUCACUUUGCACUACAAGACAGAUGCACCACUCAACAUCCGCAGCAUCUUUUAUGUGCCAGAGACGAAACCAUCCAUGUUUGACGUGAGCAGGGAGCUGGGCUCCAGCGUGGCACUGUAUAGCCGCAAGGUCCUCAUCCAGACCAAGGCUACAGAUAUCCUGCCCAAGUGGCUGCGCUUCGUCCGAGGUGUGGUGGACAGUGAGGACAUCCCCCUGAACCUCAGCCGAGAGCUCCUGCAGGAGAGUGCGCUCAUCAGGAAACUCCGGGAUGUUCUACAGCAGAAAUUGAUCAAGUUCUUCCUUGACCAGAGUAAGAAAGAUGCUGAAAAAUAUGCCAAGUUUUUUGAAGAUUAUGGCUUAUUCAUGAGGGAGGGCAUUGUAACCACUGCAGAGCAAGACAUCAAGGAGGACAUCGCGAAGCUGCUUCGGUAUGAGUCCUCAGCCCUGCCUGCUGGGCAGCUGACCAGUUUAUCAGACUAUGCCAGCCGAAUGCAGGCUGGCACCCGCAACAUCUAUUACCUGUGUGCUCCUAACCGUCACCUGGCUGAGCAUUCACCGUACUACGAGGCCAUGAAGCAGAAACACACUGAGGUGCUCUUCUGCUAUGAGCAGUUCGAUGAACUUACUUUGCUGCACCUGCGGGAGUUUGACAAGAAGAAGCUGAUCUCUGUGGAGACAGACAUCGUCGUUGACCACUACAAGGAGGAAAAGUUUGAGGACACAUCUCCAGCUGGUGAACGCCUGUCCGAGAAGGAAACAGAAGAGCUAAUGGCUUGGAUGAGGAAUGCACUGGGGUCUCGUGUCACCAACGUGAAGGUGACUUUCCGCCUGGACACCCACCCUGCCAUGGUGACCGUGCUGGAGAUGGGGGCUGCCCGGCACUUCCUGCGCAUGCAGCAGCUCGCCAAGACCCAGGAGGAACGUGCCCAGCUGCUCCAGCCCACUCUGGAGAUCAACCCCAGGUAUGCCCAGGCUCCAGCCCACUCUGGAGAUCAACCCCAGGCACACGCUAAUAAAGAAGCUCAGUCAGCUGAGAGAGCGCGAGCCGGGGCUGGCCCAGCUGCUGGUGGACCAGAUCUAUGAGAACGCCAUGAUAGCAGCGGGACUGGUUGAUGACCCCCGGCCCAUGGUAGGCCGCCUGAAUGACCUUCUGGUCAAGGCCCUGGAGAAACACUGACAGCCCAGAGACUGGACCUAGUGUGCAACCCAGACCUUCUCAGGCCACAGACGCCUGGGGAGGAAGGACUUGAUGCACAGAUAAUGCCACCGACUGCUCGAGCUCAGCUUUAUUUACCUCAAUUAAACAGUAUUCUUAGUCUGAA